AUGAUUUUAAAGAUGUAUGUCGAACUAUGUUUUGGAGAAUGAUUGGUUAGGCGCUUAAUAUACGGUAGUACUGUUUUCCUACUUGUUUUAUUAGAGGUCACCGCUUAUCUAUCAAAACAAGUGCCCAUAUCUGUUCCUCAAGGGGACAAAUGAAAUACCAAUAAGGCAAGAGGGUAAAAUAUGGAAAAAUAUGACAAAGUCCUCACUCUUGGUAGGGGAGGAGCAGGUGUUGUGAUGUUGAUGAAACAUGUCGAUACAAAGAAAUUUUAUGCUGUUAAGAGAAUACACGUGGACAGUUCUCGAAAAACAAAGACUAAAGAGGUUGUGUUACAAGAAGCUGAUAUAUUGAGAAGCUUAAAGCACCCCCAUAUUAUAUCAUGGAUCGACACUUUUUUUGACCUAACAAAUGACCAUAUUUACAUUGUUAUGGAUUACUGUGAUGGUGGAACACUUGAUGACCACAUUAAAGAGCAAAAAAGUGGGCACUACUUUGCAGAAUCCAAGGUUAUGGACUGGUUUGUACAAGUCGUGAUGGCUGUUGGUUACAUACACUCGGAAAAAAUCCUUCACAGAGAUAUCAAGCCUUCCAAUGUGCUGCUAACCAAAAGAGGUGUGAUCAAGCUUGGGGAUUUUGGGAUAUCAAAAAUUAUGAACCACACACUUGACAUGGCCUCUACCUGUGUGGGAACACCCUGUUAUCUGAGUCCUGAACUCUGUCAAGAUGUCCCAUACAGCAACAAAUCUGACAUGUGGGCUGUUGGAUGUCUACUGUAUGAACUCUGUGCCCUCAAACCAGCGUUUGAAGCUAAAAAUCUCCUAAGUCUGUUUUACAAGAUCAUCAAAGGAGAAUACAUCGAUAUCCCAGAGAGGUAUUCCGAGGACAUGCGUACAUUAAUUGAAAAAAUGCUGUCCUUGGUUCCCGAAAACAGACCAAGCGCGAGCAGCAUUCUUAGCAUGACCUAUGUGCAAGAAUAUCUGGGAAACUUCAUCGCACGUCAGGAAAAAGAACUGACCAAGGUUAAUGCUGAAACAACAAGAGAGGACUCUAAAUAUGAAAUGUCAUCUUUGGAAAGCAGAACAGACAAUUCCUCUGCUGUUUCUGAUAUGACACAGAGAACAGAGACUGAAGAUAAAACUUCACAAAGUGCUGAGGAGGAAGUGGCCCAUGAAGAAACUGAGUCGGAUUAUUCAGAGGACUUUGACGAACAUGAGAGCAUUUCAUCUUCUGAGAGUGUUUUGAGGGAUGAUGUCUCCUCCAGCCAAGGAAAUGAGCUUGAAGAGGCAGUUGAGGAAUCUAGUGUUGUUUCUGACGACGAGGACAUCCCUGACUAUCCGGAUGACUUUGAAGAAGCUGAGGAUGAUGACCUGGCUGAAGUGGUCAGCUGUGCCAGAGAAGCCAUGAACUAUCUUUCAGAGAGUGACUGCUUUCAUGUGGACCUGCUGGAGCUCAAAGAUGCUGAUGGUUUCUCUGUCACGAUGAAAGUCUUACGAGAGAAAUACAUGGAAGAUGUUGGAGCCUCGGUUUAUGAGGAAAUCAGUGAGCACUUUCUAAAUGGCCUCACACCAGAGGAUCUACAGCCACAGUUCCAGCACAUGAUUGGGACAGACCAUUUGGAGACCUGUUACCUCAUAUUCAAUCUUGACCAAGAAACUACAUGUUGAGUCAUGCAUCACAAAUAGAGGAAUGAAUUUUGA